CGGUUUCUAAAUCGCAACAAGUGUUUUCACUGCCGGGUAAAGAAGGCAAACCAGGCAAUGAGUAGCACACCUUCUAACUCAGGUGCUUGCUUGCAUGGUGGAAAUAUGGUUUUUAUUUUAAGAAACAGAUUUGUGUCACUUUGUAUAUUACACAGUUUUGUUAUACAGUAUUCAGAGUCUUUUAAUAUCGGGACAGCAGGAGCAAAAAUAUUUAGUGGACCAGUGGAAGAGGAGUUUGGAUAUACUGUGCAACAGUUCAAAAAUUAUCAGGGCAAAUGGCUUUUGGUUGGAUCUCCUUGGAGUGGCUACAAAGCAAACAGGAAAGGGGAUGUUUAUAAGUGUGAAAUCCCUGGAACCAAAACAAUCUGUGAGAGACUCAACUUGCAGAACUCUGUCACCAUUUCAUCCGUCAACAAUAUCAACACCAACAUGAGCCUUGGAUUGACUCUUCUGGCCAAAAAUAAUGGAUUUCUGACCUGCGGUCCUCUCUGGGCACAGCAGUGUGGCAAACAGUAUUUCAAUCCAGGAAUCUGCACGGAGGUGAACUCCCUCUUCAAAGCGCAACCUUCAUUUUCUCCUGCCAUCCAGAGUUGCGGAGGUCCAAUGGAUUUAGUAAUUGUCUUGGAUGGGUCAAAUAGCAUUUGGCCGUGGGAACCAGUGUUAGAAUUUCUUAAUGAACUUUUGAAGACUGUAGACUUUGGUCCGUCUGGCACUCAGGUGAGUGUCGUUCAGUAUGCAGUCGACUCGGCUUUUCAAUUCCGAUUUAAUACGUACAAAACCAAGGAUGAGAUGUUGGCUGCUGCAAAAAAUAUAAAGCAAAUGCAGGGAACAUCGACAAACACAUUCCAUGCUAUUGAUUUCGCAAGGAAAGAAGCAUUCUUGCCUGAGAACGGAGGUCGGUCUGGGGCAAAUAAAGUACUGGUGGUGGUGACAGACGGAGAAUCUCACGAUAGUAGCAUGUUGGAAGAUGUCAUUGUGAAGUGCGACCAGGCCAAGAUCACUCGCUUUGGCAUAGCUGUCCUUGGCUAUUACUUAGAUAAUAACAUGGAUACAACAAAAUUGGUUGCAGAAAUCAAGUCAAUUGCCAGUAAGCCGGAAGAAAAACACUUUUUCAAUGUCUCUGAUGAAACAGCUCUUUUAGAGAUUGUAGGAACACUUGGAGACAGAAUUUUCAACAUUGAAGGGACGGGGAAAGGAGGGGAAAAUUUCCAGAUGGAAAUGUCCCAAGUGGGGUUCAGUGCUCACUAUUCCAGUAAAGAGGAAGUACUGAUGUUGGGUGCUGUUGGCGCAUAUGGAUGGAAUGGCACUGUGGUUCACAGAACUGUCCAGAAGUUCCAAAUAUUCCCUAAAAAUGCAUUUGAAAAUGUCUUAGAGGACAGAAACCACAGCUCAUUGCUAGGCUACGCUGUGACAACACUAGUUGAUGAAAGUGCCGAAUACUAUGUCGCUGGAGCACCUCGUUCGAAUCAUACUGGUCAAGUUGUAGUGUAUACCGUAUCCAGCAUAGGGCAACCCCACGUAUUAAAUUCACAGAGAGGAUAUCAGAUAGGAUCUUACUUUGGUGGUGUACUGUGUCCUCUGGAUGUGAAUAAAGAUGGAGUUACAGACCUGCUGCUGGUUGGUGCUCCAAUGUUCAUGAGUGACCAGAAAAAAGAAACGGGCAAAGUGUACAUAUUCACAGUCACCAAGGGCUUCAUAAGCAGUGAUGGUUCUCUGGAGGGGCCUUCCCAAACAGAGAAUGCUCGCUUUGGGAUGGCCGUAGUGUGUGCACAAGACCUUAACCAAGAUGGUUUUAAUGAUGUUGUGGUUGGUGCCCCACUGGAGGAUAACAAUAGGGGCGCACUGUACAUCUUCAAUGGAAAUCAGAAGUCCAUAAAAAAACAGUACACACAGAAAAUUCUGGGUUCUGAACUGGAUCCCAAGAUGCAGUAUUUCGGAAGGUCUGUGAAUGCAGAUGGAGAUUUAAAUGAUGACACUCUUCCUGAUGUGUCUGUUGGAACUUACGGAAAAGUAAUUCAGCUGUGGUCAAGAGGAGUAGCUCGUGUAAAAACAAAUGUCAACUUCUCACCUGACAAAAUCAACAUCUUUAAUAAACCUUGUACUAUCAAUGGGAGAAAACUUUUCUGUUUCAACACCAACAUUUGCUUCAGUGCAACAUUUAUGCCCACAACUACAAAGGGUCCUGUGGCAAUCACAUAUAAUCUGACUCUGGACAUGGAUUUGCAGUCAUCACGUGUGAGCUCGCGAGGGCUCUUCAGCGUCAACAAUGAACGGUUUCUGAAGAAAAACCUCAAUGUUGACAAACAGGAUGUCUGCGAAACACAUGAGGUUUAUGUUCAGGAAGCACCUGACUUUGUGAACUCCCUCAGUCUGCGGGUAGAUCUUGGUCUUCAAGACCCAAAAGGCAACCCUGUCCUGGAUGCAUUCAGUCCCACUGCCUCAGAAUUCUUUAUUCCCUUCUCAAAAGACUGUGGUGAUGAUGAUGUGUGUCACAAUGACUUGGUACUGAAUGUACAGAUGACUGAUGAUUUGCCAAGUGCAUUGCUGAUUAGCCAAAAGAACAAAAGACUUUCCUUAGAUGUAUCCAUGGAGAACAAGAUGGAAAAUGCCUACAAUGCCCGAGUCAUCACAAGAUACUCUAAAAGUCUGUUCUACGCUUCUGUGUCUAAUCCCAGCGAUGGAACAGAAAUAAAAUGCACUGAUAAGGAUUACACUGUAUCCUGUCAAGUAGGGUACCCUGUCCUCCGAACGGACCAACGGGCGAAGUUUCGGAUCAACUUUGAUUUUAACCUUAACGAGAUGCAGAACAAAAUACAAGUGGAUCUGACAGCUGAAAGCGAUGGCAUAGAAGAAACACCUGAAAACAACAAAGCCCUCAUCUCCAUUCCUGUCAUGUAUGACUCUGAAAUCAUUCUGACCAGAGAGACAAGUAUAAACUUCUAUGUCAUUGACGAUCACGGCACAGUAAAGACUUUGAUGAACAAUACUGAUGACAUUGGACCAGAGUUCAACAUCACGCUGAAAGUUUCUACAGGGAAUGUAAAGGUUGGUCUAACCUACCUCACAGUGUCUCUGCCAGACUCUACUCGGGCGGGGAAUUAUCUCCUGUAUGUGACAGGAGUUCACACAGAACCUGGCAACACUGUGAGCUGUGAUUUAGGUAGCGUGGUGGAUCCACUGAAGAUCAGGCAGAAGCCCCAUACUGUUUCUUUUUCCCAUGAGAGCUUCAGAAGAAUAGAGAGCCUGGACUGUACAAAUGCUAAAUGCACAAAACUGAAAUGUGUGCUAACAAGUAUGGAGACAAAAAAAGAUUAUUUUGUGCAUGUUACAACGAGGAUCUGGAAUGGAACGUUUGCCUCUUCAACCUUCCAGUCUGUUAAGCUCAUUCUGCAUGCUGAGAUGGACACUUCACAGCCUGAUCUCCUGACCCUAAUGCACAAGAAGCUGCCGCUUGAAAUUACAAUUAUCAAGCCUGGGGAGGUUGCUCCUGUGCCCAUUGGAAUCAUAGUGGGCAGUGUUAUUGGGGGCCUGCUUUUAUUGGCUGCUGUCGUUUUGCUGCUGUGGAAGUUGGGUUUCUUCAAGAAAACAAAGUAUGAUCAGCUGAUGAAAGAGAAUGCGGAUGGAGAGCCACAAAAUGGCACCGCAAUGGAGAACCAGGCAUGAGCUGUAGGACGAUAAACAGGAAUGUAAGUGGCACACACCAUGUGUUUUAAUCACUAAAGAAGGGCGUGGUCCAAGCCAUUAAACAUUUAGUGAAUGGUAUGGAAAUAAGUUGCUCGUGUCAGCUCUGUUUCCAAAGUCUUGGCCAACUUUUAAAAAAUGACAAGACAUGCAGAGGCAAGUUGUUUAAAUGCACUGCUCUGGAAAACAGUGCCAUGUGAAAACUCUGCUGUCGGACAGAACUGGACAAGACUGAUGACUGCCUAGAUGGAAUUAGGUUACAUCAGCGGUGGACAAACCCAGCCAGCAACACACAGGGCACAAUUACAGCAUUAUUUCACAAUCAGCUUCCCCACCCAAUGGGCUGAAAUUACAAUACUUGACAAUAUAAUUCUUUAAACUUCAUAUUCUGUAUUUUGUUUUAUUUUAUUUAACUUGGAUGGGUUUUUGAUUGUGGUUUGCUACUUAGGAUUUUCUUCUGUUUAGUUUCGUUUGGGCAUGCAGCCUCCGCAAGCUUGCACAAACACGCUUUCUAAAUCUACAGCAAGCAUUAUAAUGGGCUGGGGGAUUUUUUCAUAGACAAUGGAAAGAUAGGAGGUCGAGGCUUAUUUUACUGUGAAUAAAUGAUCCACAAGGUACAAUCAACUGCACAAAGCCUAAACUUUGAUUUUACAUAAAAGCUAAAUGUAUGUUUGCAGUUACUAAAAGAGAUGUUUUGAUGGUGCUCUAAUUUAAAAUAUAAAAGUCAUGGUUAGCUGGACCCUGAGGAUUGAGUGAAACAGGGAAGAGAAUCCUUAAAUUUUAAAAAUUACACUCCCCUUCAAAGUACACAAAUGCAUCUAUGUUCAUAUUAUGUUCAUAUUUUGAUUAUGAUGGACUUAUUUGCUUCAGUAUUAGCCAUGGUAUUUAUUGUACUACCUAAUCAACAGUCAAAUGUAAGCCAUUCAUGAUUUUGCAGUAGAUUAAAAUGCACUUACUUUUCCAACGAGUUUUAGUUAAAUAUGUAUAUAAAAUUAAUUUAAAUUAAAAAGCCAUGAGCUUCCAAAGAGAUCUGCUGCUGAGAAAUGGCAAUGUAACAGAUUGCAGCUUAGAUAUGGUUGCCAUAUAGAAAAUGUAACCAAUAAUAAUUUUAUGCUGCAUAUUGUAUGUUUCGUUUUGUGACGGGAUCAUUAUUCAGGUUUAGUGUGUCUACUAGAAUGCUGUAAUGUACUUUAAAAAAAAUCAUGUAAAUUGAUUUAACUUGUAUUUGACAGUUACAUUCUUUAAACACCGAUUUUGCUGAAAAUUUGAUUUACUGAGCAAGUGCACUGGAUGCAGUAAACAUUUUUGUAUGCUUGACUACUGUUUAAAUGCACUCUGCUGCUGUAUACAGUUGUACAGUAUAAUCAUUGUAACUACUAUGUACAGAAUGAUUAAGCAUCUUUAUUUUGCAGUGUAAUAACAGUAUUUUAAGUCAUGACAGCUACAGGUCUAGGUCUAUCCCUUUUUAAUUGUUUUGAUUUUUAAUUGAUUGUUCUGCAUUGGAAAUAUGUUUGAUUUCACCAGAUUUGUUUUAAAGGUUUCUACUUUAUUAAAAUCAAGUUUUCCUGUG